CGGCGUUGCGGUGGCAAGCUCGGGGCUCACUUCCGGUCUUCGCGUCGGCCCAGAAGGAGCCGCACGCAGUCCCCGGAGGGACGGGGAGGAUGGUGCAGCCUGGUGGCUCCGGCCCCGCCGCGCGCCGCCGCGAGUGAGCCCAGCGCGGCCACCGAGAGCCGGCCCGGCCCGGCCGGGUGCAGCUGACGAGAAUAAUGAUCAUCAUCAACCCUCUGGAGAACCUGAAGCUGUACAUCAGCAGCCGGCCUCCGCUGGUGGUCUUCAUGAUCAGUGUCAGUGCUAUGGCCAUAGCCUUCCUGACCCUGGGCUACUUCUUCAAAAUCAAGGAGAUCAAGUCACCAGAAAUGGCAGAGGAUUGGAAUACAUUUCUGCUACGGUUUAAUGAUUUGGACUUUUGUGUAUCGGAAAACGAAACACUGAAGCACCUCUCCAAUGACACCACCACCCCAGAAAGCACCAUGACCAGUGGGCAGGUCCGAGUAUCCACCCAGGUCCCCCAGACCCUGGAGGAAUCAGGCCCUGUUAACAUCUCAGUGGCAAUUACCCUGACUCUCGACCCUCUCAAGCCCUUUGGAGGGUACUCUCGCAAUGUUACUCACCUGUACUCUACCAUCCUAGGACAUCAGAUUGGACUGUCAGGCAGACAAGCUCACGAGGAGAUAAAUAUCACCUUCACCCUGCCUGCUGCAUGGAGUUCUGAUGACUGUGCUCUCCAUGGUCACUGUGAGCAGGUGGUGUUCACAGCCUGCAUGACCCUCACAGCCGCUCCUGGCGUCUUCCCUGUCACUGUACAGCCACCACACUGUGUUCCUGACACAUACAGCAAUGCCACACUCUGGUAUAAGAUCUUCACAACUGCCAGAGAUGCUAACACAAAGUAUGCUCAAGACUACAAUCCUUUCUGGUGUUACAAGGGGGCCAUCGGAAAAGUGUACCAUGCACUAAAUCCCAAGCUCACCGUUAUUGUUCCAGAUGAUGACCGUUCAUUAAUAAAUUUGCAUCUCAUGCACACCAGUUACUUCCUCUUCGUGAUGGUGAUAACGAUGUUUUGCUAUGCUGUUAUCAAAGGCAGGCCCAGCAAAUUACGUCAGAGCAAUCCUGAAUUUUGUCCUGAGAAGGUGGCUUUGGCUGAAGCCUAAUCCCACAGCUCCGUUUUUCUGAGACUGAGAACCAUGAUCGUUGCCUGCUGAGCCAGCCAGGGCCUGGUCACUCUGUGAAUACACAAUCUUGCAAUGUUGGGUUAUUCCAGCCAAAGACAUUUCAAGUGCCUGUAACUGAUUUGUACAUAUUUAUAAAAAUUGAUCUGGAAACUGGUCCAUUGAUGCACGUGCUUUGCCCUGGGUGUAGCCUGAGCCCGUCACCCUUGUCAUCUUCACUGGGGGCCUGUGGACUUGGGAUCUUUCCGUGUAGCGCUGGGGGGAUUUGUGGAUCUUGCUGGAGCAGAGUAGCUCAUGUUUGUACCGAGGUCACAAGUGCAUCUCAUGGGUGGGUGAGGUUGGUUGUGGCUCCUUUGUGGCCCAUGUGUGCAAUGUUUGACACAGUCUGCACCUUUGAUAGAUACUGCGUUUCAGAAGCCACAAAUCCAUUUUGUGGAUUUCAUGUGUCUGUGGCUUAAUAAUCAUAGUAAUGACAGUAAUACCUUUUUUUUUUCAUUUUGCUUGCAAGGAAAAAUACUAUCUUGAGUAUUUUUAUUUUUUUAAGAAAAAAUAAAAUAGUCACAUUUUAAUACUCCUCUAGUUAGGACAGAUGUGUGCUUUUAUUCUGAGUGAAAGGUUAAGUAUUUAAAAGUCACCUAUGUGACCUUUCAUUUUCCACAUGGACACUGAGGAACUUAAUUUUGUUUGCAUUGGUCUUUUCCUCUGUUACCUCCUUCCUGUGUUACAAAAGUGAAAAUAACUUCCUCACUCAGAAGGGCUUAAAAAUUCAGUUAACAGCUCUGCAGUUGGGUCACAGCACAGUCUCCCUUUUGAAUGCAGGUAGUAGUAUGGAGGGAAUGAUUGUCAUGAAACGUGUUUUUAUUCUUUCUGUUUUAGAAAAGAGGAUGAAUUUCUUUUUUCAAUCUUGCAUUUAUUUUAUACACCUAACAAGUCUUCAAAAGGAAGAUGGCAGCUACUAGGUGUGUAGUGUAAAGUUGGAAGCUACAGUUCUGAUUUGCUGUUCAUCAAACAAAACUAAAGCGUCUUGCUUAUCUCUCUCUCACUGUCUCAUUUUCCCUUUAAGACAAUUAUGCAUCAUGUAUUUUCCAGUGGUUUUGUUACUUGUGUUCUUACUGUUUUUUGUUACAUCAUUUUGCCUUAAAUAACUCAAUGAUUAAUGAUUCUUAUUUUCUCCCAUGUUGUGUUAUAGACAUGCUGUUGUGCCCAUAAUCCCCGCUCUCAGAGGCUGAGGCAAGGAGAGUCAAGAGUUCCAGGCCAGCCCGGGCUAUCUAGCAAGGCCUGUUCCCUAGAAACAAAAGAAAAAAUCCUUAGACAUAACUGCCUGCUGUUCUGUAACUUUAGGUCUGUAGUUUGUCUCAAUUAGAAUUACCUUGUGCAUUCUGAAAUGUUUUGGUUGUGUUUUAUCCCGGGCAUUCUUAAGUGGAAAACAGUAUGAUUGCUAAAGUAAUCACUGAAGUUUUGUAAUAUAUUAGUAUCCCCCCCACUCCUUAGUAUGUUUCAAGGGCACUAAUCAUGGCUGUCUACCCAGGGUCAUUUUUGUAUGAUAUGAAUUACAUACAACAUGGCUAAUUUACUAUGAAUUCCAUUUAGUUUUCACUUCAGAGACUUUGAGACCCCUAUUAGACAAGAUUGAGAAAGAGCCAUUUGGCUUGACUAUAAGAAACAUUAGUGUCCUUGGGACCAUCAAAUUUCAGAUUAAGCUGCUACUGAUUAACAAAAUCCCAUUGGAAUGGAGUUACAAGGAUAGAUUUGUAGGUGGCAGAAUAAGAGGAAAAUGAGUGGGAAAAGUCACUUUCACUGGUUUGUUCAAUCCAGCUUAUAUUGCUAUUAAGUCACCCUUCUUUCAAUUACAGGCAGUGGCUGGAAUUUGUACAUUGGGGAGGAAUAGGGUUAGGCAUGAGGAGGGGAAGUACCAAAAUUCUGAGGCCAGACACUUUAAAAUCUAGCAUUCACCAUAGCAGGCUGGGUGGAUGGAGGAGGCUGAGGGAAGAGACGGCCACAGACUGGGUGAGGAAGGGGUCUAGGACCUGAAGAGAUGUCUGUCUCAGGAACACACAUGGCCCAGUCCUCAGCUGUUUCUUGCUGGUGGACCUCAGGAUUGGAAGAAUGUCACAGACAGUGACCCGCUGGCCAUUUGGGGAUGAUCCCCUGCAGCAGCACUGGCUCAUCCUCAGGCAUCUUGGACUGGAGGUCCAGUCAAAGGUCAGCAACUCCCUAUGAGAUGGUUGUUUCAGAUCAUAUUGAUCUCUUUCCUUUUCCUUUUGUCCUGUCGCUGUAUGAUACGACUUGAAUCAGUUUUGAUUCUGUGUGUAAGUUUUUCUCGUUAGGAACCCGCCGUUUCUGUUGCGUUUUCUCUGACGAUGUUGUAGGGAUUCAGCCUCCCAGUGUUUCAGCCCUCCUGAAGGCACUGUGGGGUGCGAGGGCAGCGGAUCCAUUUCCCGUCCCUUGCUGCAUGAGAGUCACUAGCUGAUCUGUGAUGGCAUCACUUCCCUUGUUAAUUUUCCAUGUUUGGAGUAUGUGCAUAUGUGCUUUACAGAAUAAAACAUCUGGAUUUA